GAUACAUACAUCGUUUUGUUCAAAAGUAUGUGGCCUAAUUAUAGACAGUAUUUCUUAUAGUUUUAUUGAUAUUUAUUUACCUUAAAUAAUUCUAUUUAAUUGCAAUUGAAUGGUGAUCUUCCCUAUUGUUAUCUUAAAAUAUACGUAAUGGCACAACCUCCGGAAACUCCUUCACAAAAAUUAACAAAUGAUGAUUUUCGUAAGCUCUUGGCUACUCCACGGCCAGGUGCUCCAGCAAAUUUACCCGUUGGCUCGGUCAGAGAAGCCGGUUUAAAGCCCGUUAAAAAAACUACAACACCAAUCAGCUCUGAUCGUAUUGAAGCCAGACGAAAGAAAAAGCACUUCUAUGCUGCUCUGAAAAAACAAGAAGACAACAAGCUAGCUGAACUCUCGGAAAAAUAUCGUGAUCGAGCGCGAGAGCGACGAGAUGGUGCCAAUCCUGAUUAUCAAAAUGCCGAGACGCCAGGACAUGGAAACAAUGCAUACAGAGCUGUCGCACCUGACGUCAAAUCGGGAAUCGAUGCAGCCGAAAGGAGACGUCGAAUCAUUCAAGAAUCCAAAUUCUUGGGUGGUGAUAUGGAACAUACCCAUUUGGUCAAGGGUCUGGAUUAUGCCCUUUUGCAAAAAGUGCGCUCAGAACUGCAGCACAAAGAAGACGAACAAGAAAAAGAAAUGGAAAAGGUUUUUGAAGAAAAGGAAAUAACCCUCAGUUUGGAAGAACAAGAAUUUUCAAAUGAACCAACAUUCAAUACAGUACUUGGCAAAAACAUCUACAAUACCAUACUUGCGGCUAAAUCCAAAGAAGUAGUUAGACAUGAACACUUCAUGCCAGGUCGAAUGGCUUACAUAAUUGAUUUGGAUGAUGAUAACGCAGAAAGCGAUAUUCCCACGACUUUGGUUCGAUCUAAGUACGACGUCCCGGUGAAUCAUGAAGAUACAAAUACACUAACAACUAACGACAUUGUAAUAAACAAGCUGUCACAAAUUUUAUCUUAUUUACGAUCAGGGGGACGUAAUAAAAAGAACCGCAAACGUGACAAAGACAAACCUUUGUUCAAUGAAACUAACGAUAAUCUGAAGAGCUUUCCGAACGAUAACAUUUACGAUGAUAUAGGAGAUUACAAUCCUCAAGUUAAGGACGACAGUAGAGCAUUGCCAGGUUCAAGAUCGCCACUAAACGAAGAACAAAAUGCAGAAAAGUCUUUUCUUGGUGGUGGCAAUGGGCGAGAAGGCAAAAAUUACUUUCAAGAUGAAGAUGUGCCACACGAACCGUCACCACCAAAGAAUAUCUUCAUACCGCAGAGAAUUUCAAAAUCAAUGGUUUCGAAAUUUUCCAACGAACCUCAGGGCUAUGCAGAGUGUUAUCCUGGUUUAGAGGAAAUGAACGAUGCCAUUGAUGAUUCAGAUGAUGAGGUUGAUUACACAAAAAUGGACUUGGGUAACAAAAAAGGUCCGAUCGGCAGAUGGGAUUUUGAUACUCAAGAAGAAUACUCUGAUUACAUGAGCACAAAGGAAGCUCUACCAAAAGCUGCAUUUCAGUAUGGUGUCAAAAUGCAAGAUGGAAGGAAAACUAGGAAAAAUAAAACUGAUAAAAAUGAACGGGCCGAAUUGGAUAGAGAAUGGCAAAAAAUUCAAACAAUUAUACAGAAGCGAAAAACAAAAAAAUCGGGAGAUGAGCCGGAGUACAAAAUCAGUAAAUUUUAAAAUGACCUUUGUAAUAAGUAACUUUAUACUUGAAUAUCUACAAAUAAAACUAAAUACUAACAAUAAAUCUUAUUGUCUGGCAAAUGGCAAACAUUU